AUGUCGAUGGCGAGGAGAUCAAGAUCGAGUAGCUGUACCCUCUUCUUCAUCGUGGUUGUUCUGCUGGUGACGGUGUUUUCGACACAUGUCAACGCCGGCAGAGCACUCCGGUCAGAUGCUCUGCCCAUCGCCGGAUGCGACCAAGCGGACGGCGGGCAAGCCGGCGCCGGUAUAGCUUCAUUCGUCGCCUCUUCGAAUAAUUCUAGCGGCAGCGUUUCGUUGCGGGGGUUGAUGUUUAGGCUGGCUUCUGGGCCUAGCAAAAGAGGCCCCGGCCAUUGA